GGGCAGUCCCGCGGCCGGAGUAGCCGCUGCCGUGGAAGCCGCCGGCGCUCGAGCCUCGCCCGCGCUGCCCGCCGACCCCUCGGGCUCCCGCAGUCCGGGCAGGAGGCCACCCCGGGCCGGGCGCCAGCUCUGCGAGGCGGACCUGCAACCCGGAAAGGCGGCGCGGCGGAGCCCGGAGCCGGAGCCCGGAGCCGGAGCCCGGAGCCGGAGCCCGGAGCCCGGAGCCGGAUCCCGCUCGGCCCCAGCCCCGCGGGCCAGCACCCCUGGCAUGUCGGAGGCGCGGAAGGGGCCGGACGAGACAGACGAGAGCCAGUAUGAUUCGGGCAUCGAGUCCCUGCGCUCUCUGCGCUCCCUGCCCGAGCCCACCCCGGCCCCAGCCUCCAGGCCCUCGGAGGGCGGCGGCCCCCAGCCCUGGACCCGUCCUCCGGGGACAGCCGAGGAGCCGCGCGAGAAGGAAGACACGGACGGGGAGCGGACCGACUCCACCUACGGCUCCUCGUCGCUCACCGAGCCCCUGCCCUUGCUGGGGGGCACGGAGGCCGAGGACCCGGCCCCGCGCUCGCCGCUCCCGGCCGCGGGGGCGCUGAGCCCUCAGCAGCUGGAAGCGCUCACUUACAUCUCCGAAGAUGGGGACACGCUGGUCCACCUGGCAGUGAUUCACGAGGCCCCAGCUGUGCUGCUCUGUUGCCUGGCUCUGCUGCCCCAGGAGGUCCUGGACAUUCAGAACAACCUUUACCAGACAGCACUCCAUCUAGCUGUACAUCUGGACCAGCCUGGUGCGGUUCAGGCCCUAGUGCUAAAGGGGGCCAGUCGGGUGCUACAGGAUCGACAUGGUGACACAGCGCUGCAUGUGGCCUGUCAGCGCCAGCACCUGGCCUGUGCCCGCUGCCUGCUGGAGGGGCGGCCAGAGCCAGGCCGAGGACCACCUCACUCCCUGGACCUCCAGCUGCAAAACUGGCAAGGUCUGGCCUGUCUCCACAUCGCCACCCUGCAGAGAAACCGACCACUCAUGGAACUGCUGCUUCAUUACGGAGCUGACAUUGAUACGCAGGAGGGUACGAGUGGAAAGACAGCGCUGCACCUAGCUGUGGAGACCCAGGAGCGGGGGCUGGUGCAGUUCCUGCUCCAGGCUGGUGCCCGCGUAGACGCCCGCAUGCUCAAUGGGUGCACACCCCUGCACCUUGCGGCAGGUCGGGGCCUCAGCAGCAUCUCAUCCACUCUAUGUGAGGCAGGCGCCGACUCCCUGCUGCGGAACGUGGAGGAUGAGACUCCCCAGGACCUGGCUGAGGACCCCUUUGCUCUUUUGCCCUUUGAUGACCUGAAGAUCUCUGGGAAGCCACUGCUGUGUGCCGACUGAAGCCAGGGCAGAGUCUGGGGCCCCGGAGGAGACUCCAUCUCUUCCCAUGUGGAAGUUGGGGCCAUAGCUGCUGUGUUUGGGGCCCAGACAGUGUGCCCUCCUGGCAUCCCGGGGACUGCUGAGGCCACAGCCUGGGGCCCUGCACAGUCCUGAGCUAAGAGGAGUGAUCACAAGUGAGAGAAGGCCAGUCUGGAAGGAAGACCUUCCUUGGUGGAUGGAGAUCCUUGAAGACUCCCAGAACCCAGGUAUCCUGGGCGAAGCCUGUCUGCUUCUAGAAGAUGGCAGGGGCUCUUGUUUCUACCCAGGUUGGGUCAGCCUGACACUGCCAACCAGUAGUAAAACAUGGACUCUCUGGAGUGAGGAGAGAAACAAAUCAGCAAGAGGACCCUGAUGGGUUCCAUCUCACUGCUGUUGAGGACUUGUAAACAUUGUUGUUUAAAGACUUCACACAGAAGGCCCUGAACUGAGCCUUUGGGGAAGGGGAAGUUUCAAUAACAUGACACUAAAACAGCAGAGACCUUGAAAAUGUAACCCCCCCCCCCAGAGUUGUUUUGUGCAUGUGCAUGCCUGUGUGCAUUGGGGAUUUUUAGAUAGGCCUGCUUUGUGACUUGACGGUAGAGGCAAGGAAAAGGAAAUUGCCACCUGAGCAGGGUAGGACCUUGCUAGGUGUGUGUUGUGUGUGUGGGGAGGGGGAAGAGCUAAGAGUCCUCAGGCCUCUCUGUCUAGCACAAACCCUUGGCCUUUCUGUGAAAACCGAAGGAUAAAUAGGUGAAAUGAGAAGA